UCGCUCGCUCGCGCGCGCCCACCAGCCCGCCCUCUCAGCGCGCGCUCGGCCGCCCGACGACGCGGGAGCCGCACGCGCCAGACUAGGCUCGCCGCGCUCACUGCCGCCGAGCGCCGGCCCGCUGAGGCGGCGCCCUCGGUUCCCGGCCAGGAGGGAAUCUGUGGCCCCAGAGCGGAGGCGGCGGCGGGAAAGAUGAAGAACGAAAUUGCUGCCGUAGUCUUCUUUUUCACAAGGCUAGUUCGAAAACAUGAUAAGUUGAAAAAAGAAGCAGUCGAGAGGUUUGCUGAGAAAUUGACUCUAAUACUUCAAGAAAAAUAUAAAAAUCACUGGUAUCCAGAAAAACCAUCAAAAGGACAGGCCUACAGAUGCAUUCGUGUCAAUAAGUUUCAGAGAGUUGAUCCUGAUGUCCUGAAAGCCUGUGAGAACAGCUGCAUUUUGUACAGUGACCUGGGCUUGCCAAAGGAACUCACUCUAUGGGUGGACCCAUGUGAGGUGUGCUGUCGGUAUGGAGAGAAAAACAACGCAUUCAUUGUUGCCAGCUUUGAAAAUGAGGAUGAGAACAAGGAUGAGAUUUCCAAGAAAGUGACCAGGGCCCUUGAUAAGGUUACCUCUGAUUAUCAUUCAGGGUCCUCUUCUUCAGAUGAAGAAACAAGUAAGGAAGUAGAAGUGAAACCCAAUUCAGUGGCUGCGACCCCCAGCCCCGUGUACCAGAUUUCAGAGGUGAUAUUCCCACCUCUUCCAAUGUGGCACCCUUUACCCAGAAAAAAACCAGGAAUGUACCGAGGGAAUGGUCAUCAAAGUCACUACCCUCCUCCUGUUCCAUUUGGUUAUCCAAAUCAGGGAAGGAAGAAUAAACCAUAUCGCCCAAUUCCAGUAACAUGGGUACCUCCUCCUGGAAUGCAUUGUGACCGGAAUCACUGGAUUAAUCCUCACAUGUUAGCACCUCACUAGCUGCUUUGAUUCUGUUGGUGUCAUGUUGAGAGAAGGUAGAAUAAGCCUGACUGCAUAUUAAAAGUUCAUACUCAAAGUAGUAAAGUUAGAUGGGCUAAACCAUCAAACUUAUUUUUAUAGAGAAGUUAUUGAGAAUAAUCUUUCUUAAAAAAUAUAUAUGCACUUUAGAUAUAUUGAUAUAGUUUGAGAAACUUUAUUAAAGUUAGUCAAGUGCCUGAGUUUUUAAUAUUGGACUUGAGUAUUUAUAUAUUGUGCAUCAACUCUGUUGGAUAUGAGAACACUGUAGGAGUGGACGAUCUGUUCUAGCACCUUUGAGCAUUUACUUUAUGGAGAGUAUGUAAGUUAUUUAUACACAAGGAAAUCUAUUUUAUGUCAUUGUUUAGAGGAAUUGCGUGAAAUCAUGUAGUUGCAAAUAAAAAGUAGUUUGAGGCAUGACAA